AUGAUGAACACUUGGUCUCUUCGAAACGUAGUUCAAAGCAGAGCAAUUUCUUCCCAUGCUCAUAUGGCUAAUGAUCAAUCUGUGACGAUUGAGACAUUUGAUGCUUUGUGUGAACAAUGUAAAGUAAGAGAAGCCACGGAAUUUGUCGAUAUCUUGGAGGACAAGGAACAUGUUGUUGAUUUGCCAAGGCUUCUAAGGUUAGCAAAGCUAUGUGGUGAAACAGAGGCUUUGGAAGAAGCUAGGGUUGUUCAUGAUUGUAUUACUGCUUAUCAUUCGCCUUCAGAUGUUAGUUCUUACAACACGAUAAUCGAAAUGUAUUCUGAUUGUGGAUCCAUUGAUGACGAAAUGCCUGACAAGAGCUCAGAGACUUGGUGCGUGAUGAUGAGGUGCUUAGCGAAGAACGGAGAAGGUGAACUCGCAAUCAAUAUGUUUACCCGCUUCAAAGCGGAAGGGAACAAACCCGAUAAGGAGAUAUUCAAAGCGGUCUUCUUUGCAUGUGCUUCACUAGGGGACAUUCACGAGGGACUAUUGCAUUUUGAAGCUAUGUACAGAGACUAUGGGAUCAUCCCUUCCAUGGAACACUAUGUGAGCGUAACAGAGAUGUUGGCAGCAUGUGGUAAUUUGGAUGAAGCAUUGGAGUUUGUGGGAAAAAUGACAGUGGAACCGAGCGUUGAAGUUUGGGAAACAAUGAUGAAUCUUUCUUGGGUUCAUGGGGAUCUAGAGCUGGGAGAUAGGUUUGCCGAGUUAGUGAAGAAACUAGAUGGUACAAGAAUGAACAAAGAGUCAAAUGCAGGUCUUGUAGCAGCCAAAGCAUCAGACUCAGCGAAGGAGAAAUUAAAGGAAAUGAUGAGAGAAGGGAGAAAAAAACCUAUGCAUAAGUUUCUCUAA